CAAUACUUUAUUGCGUGCUCUUUCACGAUGAAGGCCAUGGAGGAUCAAGUAGUCCAAGAAGAACCAGGAUACCAGGAUGAUGAGGAAUCCUUUUUUCAGGAUAUUGACCUGCUGCAGAAGCAUGGAAUUAACGUAGCAGAUAUAAAAAAGCUGAAGGCAGUUGGGAUUUGCACAAUCAAAGGAAUCCAGAUGACCACAAAACGAGCACUGUGCAAUGUGAAGGGGCUCUCAGAGGCCAAAGUGGACAAGAUUAAAGAAGCUGCAAACAAGCUCAUUGAACCAGGCUUCCUCACUGCCUUUGAGUACAGUGAAAAACGGAAGAUGGUAUUUCAUAUUUCCACUGGCAGCCAGGAAUUUGACAAACUUCUGGGUGGUGGGAUUGAAAGCAUGGCAAUCACUGAGGCCUUUGGAGAGUUCCGGACGGGCAAAACCCAGCUAUCUCACACUCUGUGUGUGACAGCUCAGCUCCCAGGACCAAAUGGCUACACAGGUGGAAAGAUUAUCUUCAUUGAUACUGAAAACACUUUCCGACCAGACCGCCUGCGUGACAUUGCUGAUCGCUUCAAUGUUGACCACGAGGCAGUACUUGACAAUGUGCUCUAUGCACGUGCAUAUACCAGUGAACAUCAGAUGGAAUUGCUUGACUAUGUAGCAGCCAAGUUCCAUGAGGAAGCUGGUAUCUUCAAGUUAUUGAUCAUUGACUCCAUAAUGGCACUUUUCCGUGUGGAUUUCAGUGGUCGCGGAGAGUUGGCUGAACGACAACAGAAACUAGCUCAGAUGCUGUCAAGGCUCCAAAAAAUAUCAGAAGAAUAUAAUGUGGCUGUGUUUAUGACCAACCAGAUGACUGCUGACCCAGGAGCAACUAUGACCUUUCAAGCAGACCCAAAAAAGCCCAUCGGGGGCCACAUCCUUGCUCAUGCUUCGACUACCAGGAUCAGUUUGAGGAAAGGGAGAGGGGAGCUUCGUAUUGCAAAGAUCUAUGACAGCCCUGAGAUGCCUGAAAACGAAGCCACAUUUGCAAUAACUGCUGGAGGGAUUGGGGAUGCCAAAGAAUAGGUAAAAAAAAAAAUGAUGCAAAUGUAUGGCUAAAAAACAGCUGGGUAGUUGGGAUGAAGAUUUGUGAAAGGUCGACAACUACCUGGCUGCAUUUGUAGCUUUUGGGAACUAUUUAAGAUAUUUUGGGAGAACACUGGGAUGAACUUUGUACAGUUCAGUUUUACUAAACUAGAAUUUGGCUCAUUUAGGAGUUUUGUUUUUUUCAACUGAACUUUUAGCAGCCAAAGAUUUAAGCAAUUAGAUUGUGAAUUGUUCUUAGAAACCUUUUCCUGUGUCUUGUGAAAAUCAAACCUGCCCUUUCACAUGGGAGUGAAUGUACUCUUUCUUAAUUUAUUUCAAAGAGAGUGUCAAAAGUGGUAAUUUAACAGUGUGAAAUGCAAGAGAACUGGAAUAAACUCAGUUAUAAAAUUGACAUAUAUAGAUGGAAAAGGCAGUGGGAGGAACAACAGCUGAAGAACUUGAUGGAUUUUCAUGUACUGUAGAGGAGGAAGUAGUUUUAAGAAUACAUUUUUAAACAUUUUUAUCUUGACUAGAUAUGUUUUUAUUUAGCAUUUUCUACUUUUUGGACAGAAUGUUUUAAACUUGUUCUUAUUAAAGUUAAAAAUAAAGACUAUGAAUUAGAACAGAAGUCUGACUGUGUUUGGGUACUUUGAAUUAAACUCUCAAAAAUCUCAUCGAUCUUUCAUGAGAAAAAUAAUCUGGGUGCAAGCCAACAUCUUAAAACCUUUUUUCUAGUUCUCUGAAGAAACA